GGUCUGUAUAAAAAGGUCAACUGAGCAAGUGAAGUGAGAAUAAAACCGAGAGCUCUAGCCUCUGCUCUAGCUGUAGAAGCUAACUACUAGUUCUUGUGCUGCCAAAGGAAAACAAGCAAGCUAGGGAUAAUGGAAGGUGAAGAAGCUGGGCAAAGGAGGGUUGAUGAGUAUACACAAGAUGGGACUGUGGAUCUCAAAGGAAACCCCGUCCUCCGAUCCAAGAGAGGGGGAUGGAAUGCUUGCUCUUUUGUUGUUGUGUAUGAGGUGUUUGAACGCAUGGCAUACUAUGGAAUAUCGUCCAACUUGAUCUUGUAUUUGACAAAGAAGCUUCAUCAAGGCACUGUCACGUCUGCUAAUAAUGUGACCAACUGGGUUGGCACCAUUUGGAUCACUCCUAUUUUGGGUGCAUAUGUCGCCGAUGCUCAUCUCGGUCGUUAUUGGACGUUCCUCAUCGCUUCCUUAAUCUACCUAUCGGGAAUGUCUGUAUUAACCCUAGCAGUUUCACUUCCUUCCCUCAAACCACCUCCCUGCCUAGAUCCCCACGUGGAAAACUGCAAGAAGGCCUCCACACUCCAUUUAGCCGUGUUCUAUGGGGCCCUCUACACUCUUGCCAUUGGAACAGGUGGGACCAAGCCCAACAUCUCAACCAUUGGAGCAGACCAAUUUGACGAUUUUGACGCCAAGGAGAAGAAACAUAAGCUUUCCUUCUUCAACUGGUGGAUGUUCAGCAUCUUCUUUGGGACACUCUUUGCCAACACAGUGCUUGUCUACAUUCAGGACAAUGUGGGCUGGGCCUUGGGAUAUGGGCUUCCAACUCUUGGGCUUCUCCUAUCUGUUUUGAUAUUCUUGGCUGGCACACCAUUUUAUAGGCACAAGGUGCCAAGUGGAAGUCCCUUCACAAGGAUGGCCAAGGUCAUAGUGGCCGCAUUGAGGAAAGGAAGUGUGACACUCCCUAUUGACCCUAAGGAGCUCCAUGAGCUUAACUUGGAGGAGUAUGAAAAGAAGGGAAAAUUCAGGAUUGAUUCCACACCAACCCUAAGGUUUCUCAACAAAGCUGCUGUGAAAACAGGCUCAACUAGUCCAUGGAUGCUAUGCUCAGUAACCCAAGUAGAAGAGACCAAGCAAAUGCUAAGAAUGAUUCCAAUCUUGGUAGCCACAUUUGUACCAAGCACUAUGGUUGCACAGAUUAAUACCCUAUUUGUCAAACAAGGCACAACCCUCGAUCGAUCACUCGGAAGCUUCAAAAUCCCCCCUGCAAGUUUAGCCGCAUUUGUGACCCUCUCCAUGCUUGUAAGCGUCGUGCUCUAUGACCGGUUCUUUGUCAAGAUCAUGCGAAGAGUGACCAAAAACCCUAGAGGAAUCACUCUCCUUCAAAGAAUGGGAAUUGGAAUGGUUCUCCACAUUUUGAUUAUGGUCGUUGCAUCUCUAACUGAAAGGUACAGGCUUCAUCUUGCGAAGCAACAUGGAGUAGUUGAGAGCGGAGGACAAGUUCCGAUCACUAUAUUGGUUUUACUUCCUCAAUUUGUGCUUAUGGGAACAGCUGAUGCUUUUCUAGAGGUUGCCAAGAUUGAGUUUUUCUACGAUCAAGCACCAGAAAGCAUGAAGAGUCUUGGGACUUCCUUUUCCAUGACCACUUUAGGAAUGGGAAACUUUAUUAGUAGUUUCCUUCUUUCAACAGUUUCUCACAUAACCAAAAAGCAUGGCCACAAAGGAUGGAUUCUGAACAACCUUAAUGCUUCUCAUCUCGAUUACUACUACGCAUUUUUCACGGUACUAAACAUUUUGAACGUUAUUUUCUUCUUGUUUAUGACUAAGAUGUAUGUGUACAAGGCUGAAAUUUCGGAUUCGAUAGAAGUGCUCACGGAAGAACUGAGGGAGACGACGUACAAGGCGUCCAAAGAAGGCGAUUCAAGAAAUAGGUCAACUAAUAAGUGACUUAAGGGGUCUCUGCUUUGUGUAUGUUUGAUUGUAGUACAAAAUUGUCAAUGAAAUGAGAAAAAUAAAAUAUAAAUCUGUCAAAUUAA